CCUGCCUGCCUGCCUGCCUGCCUGAGUUGCAGUGUAGUGCAGUGAGGGGUUCGUCCGCAUGGUACCUAGCCUGUGUUACUGUGUAGGGCUGUUUCUCGACCGAAAUAACUCCGCCAGUAGGUAGUUAGUUGUGUAGUAGCGCAGUCACCGGUGACAGUGGCAUGGUAAAAAGCAGCCGAGUGAGCGGUGAUGAAGAAGUUGCAAAACACAACACCCGCGCCUCCUGCUGGGUGAUAAUCCACAACCAAGUUUACGAUGUAACGUCGUUCCUCGACUCGCACCCGGGUGGCGCAAACAUCAUCCUGCGGUACGCCGGGCGCGACGCGACCGCCGAAUACGAUCCGAUCCACCCGCCCGGGACACUCGAGGAGACGCUGUUCGCCAGCCAGAUCUUAGGGCCGGUCGACGCCUCCACCAUUCCGGUGUCCACGCCCUCGACAACAACCACAUCGCAGCAAGCGGCGGAACAAGUCCCUCUGCCGCCACUGCACACGCAGCUCUCGCUCGCCGACUUCGAGAAGAGCGCAAAGAGCGUCCUCUCCCCAAAGGCGUGGGCCUACUACUCCUCCGCCGCGGACGACGAAUACACCAAGGCGCACAACAACCGCGUCUUCCGCUCCGUGCUCCUGCGCCCGCGGAUCUUCCGCGACGUGCUGUCCGUGGACCUAUCCACGACCCUCCUGGGCACGCCCGUGCGCCUCCCGGUGUUCAUCUCGCCCGCCGCCCUCGCGCGUCUCGCGCAUCCCUCCGGCGAAGCGGGCAUCGCCGCGGCCGCAGGCCGCGCCGGGGUGAUCCAGUGCGUAAGCAACAACGCGUCUCUGCGACCGGAACAGAUCAGCGCCGCCGCCACCGCGCCACUCUGGUUCCAACUCUACGUGCAGACCGACCGCACCAUCAGCGAGCGGCUGCUCGCACGGAUCUCCGCUCCCACCAGCGGCUACACCGCAAUCGUGCUCACGCUCGACGCGCCGACGCCGGGGAAGCGCGAAGCCGACGAGCGGGUCGCGAACGUUGCAGCCGCUACCUCCGCCGCGUCCGGGCGCGGAAUCGCCGGCCCCACGCCCUCGCAGGGCGAAGGCCUAGGCCGCGCACUGUUCGCCGGCACGGAGCCGUCGCUCACCUGGACCGACCUCGAGUGGCUCCGCAAGCACACGCACCUCCCCAUCAUCCUCAAGGGUGUGCAGACGCACGAGGACGCGCUGCUGGCGUGUGCGCCGGCUGCGCGCGCGCUGGGCGUGCGCGGGAUUAUCCUGUCGAAUCAUGGGGGUCGCGCCGCCGAUACCGCCCCGCCGCCGCUGCUGACGCUAUUGGAGAUUAGGAGGCAUGCGCCCCAGGUGCUGGGGUUGCUCGAGGUUUAUAUCGAUGGCGGGAUUAGGCGCGGGACUGAUGUGGUGAAGGCGCUGGCACUGGGUGCUAGGGCGGUGGGGAUUGGGAGGCCGGCGCUUUUUGGGCUGGCUGGGUAUGGGGAACAGGGCGUCGAGAGGGUGAUAAAGAUUCUCGAGGAGGAGGUCACUACUGCCCUCAGGCUGCUGGGCGUUAAUAGUGUCCAUGAGGUCGGGAGGAGACAUGUUAAUGCAGGCUUGCUGGUUAGGGAGAUGGAUGUGGAUGAGGAGGGGGAGGGGCUGUGGGGGUUGAGGGCGAAGCUUUGA